ACUGAUUUUGGUAAUAAAAUUCAAUGAUUUGCAAGCGUUGCUCGUUAGUAAGUCUAUUCAUGAUGAAAUGUCAAAGCAUACUGAGCAUCUUUCUCUUUGACACCAUGUCUGAAAUCCCACGUGAUCUGUCAAAUACUAAUGCAUGAAAAUCCUAACCUCAAAAAAAUCACCCUUUACAUAUAUAAAAUUAAGUGGCAAAACUUCCUGUUCGGAUACUCCUCCUAGACGGCUUGCCCGAUUUCAAUGAAAUUUUCAGGGGUGAUUGGGGUCUGUUUGGAGGGUGCACAUAAGAAAUUUAAUGUGUGUAUCAUUGCGCGUUUUGCAAAAAAAAAAAUAAAAUAAAAUGAUACAUCCCGCCUAUACAAAUACUCAUGAAAUAAUGUUUUACCGCAAGAUUGGUAGUCCUGUCAAAUGCCUUUUAAUUCCUUUCUAAUAAACAGAAACAACUGGCGGAUGUUUACAACUAAUAAAAAACAAUGACAUCGCAUGUUGAUCGUAUUUGCCUUUUUGUUCUUUCUAUUGACAUAUUUUAAAAUUGUGUGUAUUUUUCUCUGAUUUCAACGUGAUUAACAUUCUGCGUACAACACAAAGCAAGUGAGUAUUGUUGUUGUUUCGUAUGUGAUGCCAUGCGGUUCGAUUGUCGCUUGAAAAUGCGCGGUGUGUGUAAAAAAAAAGUGUUUCAACAUUGUGUGUUUUUUCCAGAUUUAAUUCCAUCGAUUUGCUACAUUUAUUCGAACCGAUUUUGUGUGCAACACACACAAAGCAAGUGAGUAUUGUUAUUGUUUCGUUAGUGCUUCCAUGCGGUUUGCAAAUACACUGUUGGUGGGUCUUAUUGCAUAUGCGUGUGUAGUUUAAGAUGUAGUUUUAGGUUAAUUUUUACAUUUUUAUUUAUGUACUUCAAAUAUGCAUACUCUAGAAAAUGCCUCGACUGCGCCAACGUAAUACGGUUGGCAGGCAUAGGAGUGAUCCACGUCGAAUGUCAAUAUUAAGAAGAAAUCACAGCGAAGAGCAACGCGCUCAAGUGAAUGCCCGAGGUAGAGCGGUGUACAGAGAGCGGCGUGCACAGAUUAGAGCUGAAUUCGCGGACAAUCAACGGCCAAAUUACCGUCAAGGCCGAGUUCCGGUCCGCCUUCGCGAUCAAAUGGAACAUGUUGGCUUUCACCACGAUCCUGACUGCGACUACAGCCUGCAUGGUGCCAUCGGAGCAAUGGAUAUUAUUUGUACGCAUUGCAAUGCAGCGAAAUUUCGAGGAGAAACAGCUGGCAUGUGCUGCUUCAGUGGCAAAGUGAAACUGCUUGCAUUGGAACCGCCACCAGAACCAUUACAUUCCUUGCUCACUGGAGAAUCGCCGACGUCUAAGCAUUUCUUGCCGAACAUACAAGCGUACAAUUCAUGCUUUAAAAUGACUUCUUUUGGUGCCACAAAGAUCAUUAGAGAUCCAUUUAUGCCGACGUUCAAGAUUCAGGGACAAAUAUACCAUCGAGCAGGCUCGCUCAUACCAUUUGUCGAUGCCGACUAUCAAUUUUUGCAAAUAUAUUUCAUCGGUAAUGAAACUGACCAACUAAAUCAACAAUGUAAAAUUGCGACCGGCACAAGGCGAGAAAUCGUACUAAAUUUGCAAAGAUUUCUCAAUGAGCACAAUGAAUUGAUUCGAUUGUUCAAAAUCGCAUUGGACCGCAUGCCGUCUGAUAACCAUCGAAUCGUCAUCAGAGCAGACAAAAUGCCGAUGGGGCAGCAUGCUAGACGAUUCAACGCACCAACAAUCGAUGAGGUGGCAAUCGUCAUUGUUGGUGAACAGUUUGAAUCGCGAGAUAUUGUACUGCACCGUAGAAACGAACAACUUCAGCGUGUUUCCGAGCUACACCGUAGUUAUGAUGCAUUACAAUAUCCGAUAUUAUUGUGGAGAGGUGAUGACGGCUAUCACAUCAAUAUGCGAUUGAUAAAUCCAACUACUGGCCAAGAAACACCGAAAAAACUCAGUGCGAUGAACUUCUAUUCGUACAGAAUAAUGAUUCGUCCGCAAGAAGAUAACUACAUCCUGAAAUGUCGCAAGCCUUUCCAUCAGUAUUUGGUUGACAUGUAUGCGAAGAUCGAGACCGAACGUGUCAACUUUAUUCGAUUCAACCAAACGAAAUUGCGUUCUGAAGAGUACAUCCAUUUGAGAGACGCCGUAAUGAAUGAUGCAAAUGUGAAUAGCAUUGGACGUCUGACAAUAUUGCCAGCCACAUACAUCGGCAGUCCGCGCCAUAUGCACGAGUAUGCGCAAGAUGCGAUGUCGUAUGUGCGCCAUUACGGCAGACCGGUUCUGUUCAUAACGUUCACGUGCAAUCCCAAGUGGAAUGACAUCAAAUGUCAUUUGUUCCCCGGUGAAUCAACAACUGAUCGUCACGACUUGACACCACGUGUAUUCAGGGAAAAGCAAAAAGCAAUGAUGGAUUUAAUUGUGAAACUUUGUGUUUUUGGAGAAGCUCGAUGCUGGAUGUACUCGAUCGAAUGGCAGAAAAGAGGAUUACCGCAUGCACACAUCUUGAUUUGGUUAGUUCGCAAAAUACGACCAGAUCAGAUUGACAAAGUCAUCUCAGCGGAAAUUCCAGAUGAAGCAAUCGACCCACAAUUGUUCGACGUUGUAACAAAAAACAUGAUCCACGGCCCUUGAGGCGCUAUUAAUCCAACUUCACCAUGCAUGAUUGACAAUAAGUGUUCAAAGCGCUAUCCUAGUGCUUUAGUUGAUGAUACAAUCACUGGAAAUGACGGAUAUCCAUUAUAUCGGCGUCGAUCCGCUGAAGAUGGUGGUAAUUCAACGGUCAUAAAAGUUCGGGAUCAAGACGUUGAUGUUGAUAAUCGUUGGGUCGUGCCGUAUUCACCAUAGUUGUCAAAAAUUUUCGAAGCGCACAUCAAUGUAGAAUAUUGCAACUCUGUCAAAUCGAUUAAAUACAUCUGCAAAUACGUAAAUAAGGGCAGUGAUAUGGCAGUUUUCGGAGUGGCUGAUUAUCAGACAAUCGAUGAAAUUCAGCAAUACCAAAUGGGCCGUUAUAUAAGCAGCAACGAAGCGGUAUGGCGCAUUUUAUCGUUUCCAAUACACGACUGGCAUCCCGUUGUUCUUCAUUUGGCAGUUCAUCUCGAAAAUGGUCAACGCGUUUAUUUCACUGCAGACAAUAUACAACAGAGCGCAGCACGACCACCGCGGACAACACUUACUACCUUUUUCGAGUUGUGUGAAACCGAUGAAUUUGCAAGAAUAUUGCUAUAUUCCGAAAUACCACAAUAUUUCACUUGGAGGCCAUCAUCGAAAACAUUUCAACGACGAAAGCAAGGGGAGCGUGUUUACGGUUAUCCAAAUGUCCGUAAAACCGAUGCAUAGGACGCAUUUACACCAUCCAUCCGAACAACGCCGAAUGUUUCUAUUUGCGUCUGCUAUUAGUCAACGUGCGCGGACCAAGAUCAUUUGAUGAUUUAAAAACUGUUGACGGUUGACUAUUGACACCAAAAAAUGUACACGUCAACGAAAUCAAUUUUGCCAUUCAAGAAAAACUGCCAGGAGAAGCUACAACAUAUAUAUCGAUUGAUAGCGUUUUGAAUCAAGAUGAAGUAGUCAAUUAUCCAACUGAGUUCUUGAAUUCUUUGGAUCCCCCCGGUCUGCCACCGCAUCGUUUGGUCCUGAAAGUCGGUUCACCCAUUAUACUUCUACGAAAUCUGAAUCCACCGACUUUGUGUAAUGCACAAGGCUUUCAGUCAAAAAAUUGUGGCCAAAUUUGAUUGAAGCAACAAUACUAAAUGGCAAGGCAGCAGGUGAUGUCGUACUCUUACCACGCAUUCCCAUGAUUCCAACGGACAUGCCGUUUGAAUUUAAGCGCUUGCAGUUCCCAGUACGUCUUGCCUUUGCGAUGACCAUCAACAAAUCGCAAGGGCAAACAUUUCAAGUGUGCGGCGUCAAUUUGAAAGAACCGUGCUUCUCCCACGGCCAAUUGUUCGUCGCAUGCUCGAGAGUGGGAACACCAAGGUGCUUAUUCAUUUAUGCGCCAGGUGGAAAAACCAAAAAUGUUGUAUACCAAUAUGUUUUAUAAAUAAGUAACAGUUUUACAACAAUAAAUAAAACACAGAGUAAAAACCCUUAAGAGUUUUAAUCGAUUUAGGUGUAGCGAGGCACACAGGGUAACAGCUAGUUAUCUAUGUAUUUAUCUAUUAAUAUACUUACAUACAUACAUAUAUACAUAAUGCAUUUACAUGCAAUGUACAUCUAACAAUAAUAAAAAUGCAUGGGGAGACAAGUCAUAAAUUUACAGAUGUGGUAACAUUAAACACACACAUACAUGUAUUAAAUUGUACACUUGAAAACAAUCCCAUGUCAAGCAGCAAUAAACAAUAUGCUAUAAUACUCGUACAUACAAACAUACACACGUACACAUAUACUUAGUUCUUUAAGAUAGUUUUAAAGUUUUAUGGAAUGAUAAAUCUUUUUUGAGUCUUCUUCUUCUCUUCUUCUUUACUGGCGUAGACACCGCUUACGCGAUUAUAGCCGAGUCCACAACAGCGCGCCAGUCGUUUCUUCUCUUCGCUACGUGGCGCCAAUUGGAUAUUCCAAGCGAGGCCAGGUCCUUCUCCACUUGGUCCUUCCACCGGAGUUGAGGUCUUCCUCUUCCUCUGCUUCCCGCGGCGGGUACUGCGUCGAAUACUUUCAGAGCUGGAGUGUUUUCAUCCAUCCGGCCAACAUGACCUAGCCAGCGUAGCCGCUGUCUUUUAAUUCGCUGAACUAUGUCAAUGUCGUCGAAUAUCUCGUACAGCUCAUCGUUCCAUCGAAUGCGAUAUUCGCCGUUGCCAACGCGCAAAGGACCAUAGAUCUUUCGCAGAACUUUUCUCUCGAAAUCUUUGUUGAGUUCAAACACUAAAAAUAAACUUUUUGGGCGUGUUCGGACAGCUGUUCAAUAGUUGGCAAAACGCCUUCUCUCAAAAUUCCAAUUUAUAUUGGCUUGUCAAAAAAGUCUUGCGGUAUUUUCGCUAGUUGGCGCUGAAAGCGCGUAGUUCUAGUUUUAUUUGUCGCAUCGGGUCAUGCUAUACCUUUUUAGAAAGCUCAUUUCACGCGCUGCCCUUUUUUCGAGGUAAUCAAUUAAAAUACGUAUAAUUUUUAAUUAUAAUACGCACGUUCCAUUCCCUUAUGCCCAUUUCACGAGCUAUUUGACCUUUGCACAAUUUAUUUUAUAUAAAGCUACGAUUUCUGCUUUCCUUUUUUGUUGACACCACCAUGUCCAACUUGACUUGUUUUCACAACUUAUUCAAAAGAAAAUACCGCAAAUUCUGUAAUAAACACGUGCGGACGCUAACGGUAUUAAAAAUAAAGGUAAAAUAAUGUAGUCACAUGACAAAACAGCUAAAUAAGACAAAUAGUGAAUUUUGAGCAAAUAGUGACAGUUCAAAAUAGGAAUAUUAGAAAAUUUUGGACUGCGUGGGUUUUUUUAUUAAUUACUUUUAUGUGAUACAAACAAUCGUUAGGCGAACAAAAUUAAAAAAAAACAGAGCAACGUGUUUCCAGGGAAUAAAUUAUGGGCUAUCAAGUAAACAGCUGUUAGCAAUGAAAGAGUAGUUGGCAAUAAAUUUGGUAAAAAUUUGUAUGUCUUGGUAGAAAAUUUAACAAGUGCUCAGCAACAAUGAUCCGUAUAAAAAAUAACACGAAAACAGAGGUCGCAGCUAGAUUCUUUUACAGUUUUCCGGACAAAAUAUUGUCAAGUACGGCAAAACUAAACCAACAAUGACUGCUAUAGAGAUCCCAGGCGAUUUAAAUUUAACUUAACUUUAAAUCGUGGUGAGUGGUAUAUAAUCUUAAGGGAAUGUUUUUGUUCAAAAGCGUGUAACUGAUCUGAUGAAAUAAAGUUUUAUAUAAUAAACCGUUUACUGCAUGUGUGAACUAAAUUCUUAUUUAUUUAGAAACGUAGUGCCGAAAGGGAGUUUUACAUUUGCAAUGCAACCGGAGUCAAAACUAUUUAAAAUUGCUAACAAUUAUUACUAUUUCAUUGCUCGCAGCUGUAUGUAUAUAUGUUAAAUAAGUUUCACAUAUCGAAAUAUUCAGAAAUUGGUCACAUGGAAAACUAUUAACGAAAUGGAAUUAGCAUUUCAUUAUUUCAUAAAUUUUUUCGUUAUUUACAAAAUAUUAUUUACAGCUCAAAGAAUUUUUUCAUUUGUGAUACAUUUCAAUCAUUAUAGACAAUUUUCAACUAUGAUCGAUUUACUGUUCCGGUAAAAGGCACGAAAAGUAUCAGUUUGUUUACAUAUGUAUGUAUAUAUAUAAAUAACGGGUGAUUUUUUUGAGGUUAGGAUUUUCAUGCAUUAGUAUUUGACAGAUCACGUGGGAUUUCAGACAUGGUGUCAAAGAGAAAGAUGCUCAGUAUGCUUUGACAUUUCAUCAUGAAUAGACUUACUAACGAGCAACGCUUGCAAAUCAUUGAAUUUUAUUACCAAAAUCAGUGUUCGGUUCGAAAUGCUUUUUUAUCGACAAAUUUUGUUCAGCGAUGAGGCUCAUUUCUGGUUGAAUGGCUACGUAAAUAAGCAAAAUUGCCGCAUUUGGGGUGAAGAGCAACCAGAAGCCGUUCAAGAACUGCCCAUGCAUCCCGAAAAAUGCACUGUUUGGUGUGGUUUGUACGCUGGUGGAAUCAUUGGACCGUAUUUUUUCAAAGAUGCUGUUGGACGCAACGUUACGGUGAAUGGCGAUCGCUAUCGUUCGAUGCUAACAAACUUUUUGUUGCCAAAAAUGGAAGAACUGAACUUGGUUGACAUGUGGUUUCAACAAGAUGGCGCUACAUGCCACACAGCUCGCGAUUCUAUGGCCAUUUUGAGGGAAAACUUCGGACAACAAUUCAUCUCAAGAAAUGGACCCGUAAGUUGGCCACCAAGAUCAUGCGAUUUAACGCCUUUAGACUAUUUUUUGUGGGGCUACGUCAAGUCUAAAGUCUACAGAAAUAAGCCAGCAACUAUUCCAGCUUUGGAAGACAACAUUUCCGAAGAAAUUCGGGCUAUUCCGGCCGAAAUGCUCGAAAAAGUUGCCCAAAAUUGGACUUUCCGAAUGGACCACCUAAGACGCAGCCGCGGUCAACAUUUAAAUGAAAUUAUCUUCAAAAAGUAAAUGUCAUGAACCAAUCUAACGUUUCAAAUAAAGAACCGAUGAGAUUUUGCAAAUUUUAUGCGUUUUUUUUUAAAAAAAAGUUAUCAAGCUCUUAAAAAAUCACCCAUAUAUAUACUAAUAUUAUAAAGAGGAAAGAUUUGUACCUAUUUUUGUAUGUUUGUAAUGAAUAGGCUUAAAAAGUACUGAGCCGAUUUAAAAAAUUCUUUCACCAAUAGAAUGCUUAAUUCUUCCAAUUUGACAUAGGCUACAUUUCAUUUUGAAAAAAGUUAGGGAUCCUUGGUAAAAUUUGAACAAUGUAACCGAAGGUGUAGAAAAAUGAGUCUUAAAAUGUCUUUCGUCGAAUGCGCUGCCGAAACUAUUAGCGAUAGAACAAAAUAAUGUACAACAAUGUUGAAGAACAUCAUAAUGUCUACAAAAAUCUCCGCGGUAGCAUGUGUCCAACUUUUUUCAUUUUAAACAUUAAUGAAAAUGCUAACCAAAUUCAAACAAUGCUAUUUAUGUGUUUAUUUUAAUCCUUAUCCAGAUUAAUUAUUUUAUGGUCAAGACAAUUUAACUAGCUAUAAAAUAGUUUUUAAAUUAUUUAAAUUGGGCUUUCCAUUCAAAAGAUAUUACGAAUUAAAAAAUUCAAACAGUAAACAAUACCGCCAUAGCGUCGUGGCCGUUGUUUGCGAUGCAGUCUGAAAAGCGCGCCGGGCCAGAGAAUGUAAAGUAUAGAGAAGGCGCAAAUUGAAUUCUGUAUGAUGUUCGAUUUGGUGGCAGAUGAUAUCGGCAGAGCCGAUAGAAUCAAAGUAAGGAAUUCGACGCUGUCGCUGCUACUUAGCAGAAUUGAGCACGUGCAGUGGCAAAAAUAUAUGUAAAACGACUUAAUUCAUGCCAAAAUAAAUAAAGAGAAAUGCUUUGAAAAAAUAUACAAAGCAUUCUCUGAGUCAAUAUGCGUGAUUAUUUUGUAUUAUAUGAACCAUUGUUUUCUGGAAAAUGGUAAAAGUUUUAAUUAUUUUUACAAAAUUGGGAAAAAUUAGGAAACGUUAUUUUAAUUUUAUUUUUCUUUAAUUUAAUUUUUAAAUAAAUUAAUAUUUCAAAUAAGAUGAUGAUGACCUUCAUGAAAUAUGCAUAUUCGCAUUAUUUCGUUAUCAUUUCCAUAUUUGUACCAAUAGAAUUUCUAUGACACAUGCAUAUAUACAUAUAUUAUUUCUUUGGCACAUUUGCCUGUAUGUUUAUGAAAGCAAAUGCGAGCCAUAUAAACAUGUACAUACAUUCAUAAUAACAAGUGUCGCACGCUUCUUUCGCAUCUCCGUUGUCAAAGAGUCAAGUGCUGAACACCUUAAGCACGACAGCCUGCAAGCGACAUCUGUCAAAUAUUAAAAUACACACGUUCUUAGGGACACAGGUAUUGAGGCAGCUGCACAACUACAAAAACAAGUAUACGAGACUUUAACGCAAGCGGUGGACAAUAAUACCGGUGGUCUAUUCUUCCUGGACGCACCUGGAGGAAUAGGGAAAACAUUUUUCAUGGCCACUAUUCGAUCAAGAUGUGACAAAGCUUUGGCGCUAACAAUGUCUGGAAUUGCGGCGACUCUUCUAGAUGUCGGUCGUACUGCACAUUCUGUGCUUAAGUUGCCACUCAAUUUAAACACAAUUGAUACUCCAACAUGCAAUAUUUCCCGAUCCAGUGCAAUGGGAAAAUUAUUGAUGCAAUGCAAGCUCAUUGUUUGGGAUGAGUGCACAAUGGCACAUAAGAAAUCACUUGAAGCACUUAACUUCACACUGAAGGAUCUCCGGUGAAAUAACAACAUCUUUGGCGGGUUGAUGAUAUUGUUGGCAGGCGAUUUCAGGCAGACGUUGCCAGUAAUUCCCCAUGGAACGCCUACAGAUGAAUUGAAUGCUUGCCUGAAGGCAUCACUUUUAUGGAAUAACGUAAACACAUUAUCGCUAACCACUAAUAGUUCAACUUAAAAAUGAUCAAAGUUCUGCACGAUUUUCCAAAAAAUUGUUAGCUGUUGGAAAUGGAAAAGUCCCAGUUGAUGCGACAUCUGGAUUAAUUACUCUUACCAACGACGUUUGCCGAUUUGUAGACUCUCAAUUAGCUCUCAUUGAAAAUGUUUUCCCAAACUUUAGUGAGAAUUAUAAGAAUUAUGCUUGGUCAACGAGCAAUUCUUGCCGCAAAGAAUAAUGAUGUACACGCACUGAAUUUCACCAUUCAAUCAAAAAUUGCUGGCGAUUUGGUGGCAUACGAAUCCGUUGAUUCCAUAACAAAUCCCGAUGAUGUAGUAAAUUAUUCAACGGAGUUUUUGAACUCUCUGGAGUUAUCAGGAUUUCCACCACAUAACUUGCAAUUCAAAGUUGGUACAGUUAUUAUAAUAUUGCGUAUUUUGAAUCCAUCGCGACUUUGCAACGGUACUCGACUUUCGGUAAAAAGACUUAAGCCGAAUUUGAUUGAGGCAACCAUUUUUAACGGAAAGUACGCAGGUGAAAAUGUACAUAUGUAUUCCUCGAAUAGCAAUGAUUCCGACUGAUCUUCCGUUUGACUUCAAACGAUUGCAAUUUCCAGUUCGCCUUGCGUUCGCAAUGACAAUUACCUAGUCGCAAGGCCAAUCGCUUAGUGUUUGCGGGAUAAAUUUGGAAAAUCAUUGUUUUUCACAUGGGCAGUUAUACAAUAUGUUGCGUGUUCACGAGUUGGGAAACCAUCCGCUUUGUCUGUGUUAACGUCAGACCAAAAAAGGUUUCAUUUUCAUUUACUUAGAGAAGUUCAACUAAAUAACACUUCAUUUUUGUAAUCGAAAUGAAUUCAUUACUGUUGUGAAAUGAAAUAUAAUUUUUCCUUUUCAAAUA